UUUCCCGCCAUAUUGUGUAGCUGAACGACUUGGCGCCAGUCAGCAAAAAAAAAGAGAGCAGGAAAGGAGCAGGACAACCACGACACAGAAUAUUUUUCGGAAUUCAAGAAGAAGAUUCUUCAACUAUAGCUGAUCACCACUUAAUUUGAUUAUUUGUGAUUUAUUUAUUGCUGGGAUUAAUUUAUUUUCACUGUUCAUCAUGUUCGAGGCAAGGCUAGUUCAGGGUUCUUUGUUAAAGAAGUUGAUGGAGGCUAUUAGGGACUUAAUCCCAGAAGCUAUCUGGGAUUGUAGUGGAACUGGCAUCACACUUCAGGCUAUGGACAAUUCACAUGUUGCACUUGUAGCAGUUAACCUUAGGAGUGAUGGAUUUGAAACUUACAGAUGUGACAGGAACUUGUCCAUGGGAAUGAGUUUAGCAAGCAUGUCCAAAAUCCUCAAAUGUGCAAGCAAUGAUGAUGUCAUUACAUUAAAAGCUGGAGAUAAUGCAGACACUGUGACAUUCAUGUUCGAGUCCCCAAAUAAUGAGAAGGUUUCAGAUUACUCAUUGAAGUUACUUGAUUUGGAUUGUGAACAACUUGGAAUUCCAGACACUGAGUACAGCUGUGUUGUCAAGAUGCCCUCCCACGAGUUCCAGAGAAUCUGCAGGGAUCUGAGUCAGAUUGGAGAGUCUGUGGUCAUCUGUUGCACAAAGGAAGGCGUUAAAUUUUCAGCCAGCGGAGAUUUAGGAACAGGGAACGUAAAGUUGGCACAGAAUGCUAGUGCAGACAAAGAAGAAGAAGCAGUCAUUGUGGAGAUGAACCAGGCUGUUACUUUGACCUUUGCCCUUAGAUACCUCAAUUUCUUCACCAAGGCUACCCCUCUAUCAGCUCAGGUCAGCCUUUCCAUGUCACAGGAUGUCCCCCUUGUUGUUGAAUAUAAGAUUGCAGACAUGGGAUUCUUGAGAUACUACUUGGCUCCAAAGAUUGAAGAUACAGAUGAGUGAAAGGAUGAAUUGUGAUAAUGACAUUGAUAGACAAAGACUUCAAUAUUUUUCACAUUUGGGGGUAUUAUGAAAUGUGGAAUAGUGAUAAAUAAAUGUAUACGAUAA